AUGACAGUAUGUGAUGCUGAGAUUAGGGCUUUGAGAUGCAUAAAUUCAUUCUUAGAAGUUUUUGGUACAAACAUAAAUGAUUUUGGUCUGGUAGAUUUUGACGUAAUUGUGAAUGAUGCUGAUGUGUUAGCAAGCAUGAUUUUAGAAGAGACUACAAAUAUUAAUAUUCAGUGUGACAUGCAUUUUAUAGAUAAUUUAAAUAAGGAACAACAAUCUGCCUAUAAUGUUAUUUUAGACUGUGUUGUAAGUAAUAAAAAUGGAGUUUUUUUUAUUGAUGGUCCAGGAGGUACUGGAAAAGCCUUUCUGUACAAGGUAUUACUUGCUACAGUACGAUCUCGACAACUUAUUGCAUUAGCAACAGCAUCAUCGGGAGUGGCUGCUUCUUUAUUGCUUACUGGGCGAACUGGUCAUUCACGUUUUAAAAUCCCACUUCAAGCAAGUUCUGAUAUGCGAUGUUCAGUAAGUAAACAAUCAUCACUUGGUCAACUUUUACAAAUGACAAAACUAAUUGUGUGGGAUGAAGCACUGAUGAUUAAUAGAUAUGCUUUUGAAGUUUUGGAUAAAAUGUUAAAAGAUAUUACUGAAUGUGAUUUGCCAUUUGGUGGAAAGGUUGUUGUGUUCGAAGGAGAUUUUCGACAAGUGUUGCCAGUAGUACAAAGAGGAACAAAAGAUGAUAUCAUGAAGGCCAGUUUAGUUUUUUCAGAUUUAUGGCAAUAUUUUAUACAACUACCAUUGACUGAGAAUAUGAAAGCUAAAUUAAAUCCUUUGUUCUGUAAAUAUUUACUUAGAAUUGGAAAUGGAAUAGAAAGAGAACAUACAUGUCACAUGAUUAAGCUUCCUUCAGAUAUAAUAAUGGAUUUUGAGAGUGAAUUUGAAUUAUUGAAAAAACUAAUUGCCAUUGUGUUUCCUAAUUUUCACGCAUAUGGUGACAAUUUGAAUAUUAUGAUGAACAUAUACGAAACAUGGUGCAUAAAAAAGGGUCAGAAAGUAUUCGUUAGUACAGAUAUCUACCGCAAUCUUUCAUCUAUAUAUGCUCAUCCUAUCCGACGAAACUGA